AAAAUAUAUAAUUUCCGUUUUAGCUCAUAAACCCUCGUCGUUGUUCAUACAGAAGCAGUGAUUAAGAAAUAUGAUUAUUCCAGUGCGUUGCUUUACUUGCGGCAAGGUGAUCGGAAACAAAUGGGAUACGUAUCUUGAUCUUCUUCAAGCUGACUACUCUGAAGGAGAUGCUCUUGACGCGUUGGGUUUAGUCCGUUAUUGCUGUCGGCGUAUGCUUAUGACUCAUGUCGACCUAAUUGAAAAGCUCUUGAACUACAACACCAUGGAGAGAAGCGAGGGAACCUAAUGGAGGACAUGGAUCUACAAGGAACCCGAGGCUAGUUAUCAUGAGUUCACCGGUAACUGUAGUGGGAUUGUAAUCAAUAGCGUAGAAAUUUAAGAAUGUUAGAAUAUCACCUAAAUGCUAAUCAUUGUCUGAGACUUGAUCUGCAUGCAAACCUUAAUACUAACUGCUGGGUUGUAAGAAACUUAUCUAGUCCUGUUGUGUGCUUGUUGUUUGGCGUUGAAAA